AUGCAUAAAAGGUGGGAAAAGGUGGGAAAAGGUGGGAAAAAGGUGGGGAAAAGGUGGGGAAAAGGUGGAAAAAGGUGGGAAAAAGGUGGGAAAAAGGUGGGAAAAAGGUGGGAAAAGGUGGGAAAAGGUGGGAAAAGGUGGGAAAAGGUGGGAAAAGGUGGGAAAAAGGUGGGAAAAGGUGAGAAAAAGAUGGGAAAAAGGUGGGAAAAGGUGGGAAAAGGUGGGAAAAGGUGGGAAAAAGAUGGGAAAAAGAUGGGAAAAGGUGGGAAAAGGUGGGAAAAAGGUGGGAAAAGGUGGGAAAAGGUGGGAAAAGGUGGGAAAAAGGUGGGAAAAAGGUGGGAAAAAGGUGGGAAAAGGUGGGAAAAGGUGGGAAAAAGGUGGGAAAAAGGUGGGAAAAAGGUGGGAAAAAGGUGGGAAAAAGGUGGGAAAAGGUGGGAAAAGGUGGGAAAAGGUGGGAAAAAGGUGGGAAAAAGGUGGGAAAAAGGUGGGAAAAAGGUGGGAAAAAGGUGGGAAAAGGUGGGAAAAGGUGGGAAAAAGGUGGGAAAAAGGUGGGAAAAAGGUGGGAAAAGGUGGGAAAAGGUGGGAAAAGGUGGGAAAAAGGUGGGAAAAAGGUGGGAAAAAGGUGGGAAAAGGUGGGAAAAGGUGGGAAAAAGGUGGGAAAAGGUGGGAAAAGGUGGGAAAAAGGUGGGAAAAAGGUGGGAAAAGAUGGGAAAAAGGUGGGAAAAAGGUGGGAAAAAGGUGGGAAAAAGGUGGGAAAAGGUGGAAAAAG